AUGACUUGGAUUGCAAUUGACCGAAGCUCAAAGGGAAGUUUAUUCUCUGUUUCCCACCCCAUGCAACGCGCAGGUCGUCCAGCUGGCCCGGCGCUGCAGCCUAGACUCCGGACGAGUAGAGCAACGGGGGAUGAGGACAAGCCGUCACAGAAAGGAGGGAGGAGAGUCACCAGAGGACAAGGGAAGAUGAAUGGCAGCAGCAGGAACGUAAGUGCGGGAGGACGGUCUCAUCGGCGAGGCAACAGCAAGGGAGCAAAUAGCACCCGAGAGAAGGAAGGGGCCACAAGCGACUCCAGCCUGGCAACGCAGCAAGAAGAAGAGCAGGUGCACCGCUAUCUGGACAGUGCGUGGGAAAAGUUUGGGGAGGCGCGUGUGUUGUUGCGACAGAACUGUUUCCUAGAAGCAUGGAAGAUACUCAUGGAGGCGAAGGAUUUCAUUGACGCCGCGGCGUGCCACUACUGCUGUGGAUUAGACCGACAGAAUCGGGCACUGGUGCAGCUGGGACAUGAGUUGAACGCGGCAACGCAGAGUUGGCUGCGAUGGGAGCGCCUGGCGGGGCACCCGGGGUUGUCCGACUCUUUGCUGCCAAGCGGCAAGGCGUCAACGGUCAUGUUGCAGACGCAGAAGCAGGCAGAACAGCAACAGGAGCGGCAGUCACAGUGCUUGCCGCAAGAGCGUCGUGAGGGAGAAACAAAUAUUGACAUGGCUGAAGACUCAGAUGAAAAACUGGAAGGGCGUGAGGGGUCAAACGGACAUGAAUCCCCCAACGCCUCUCCACGCGCCGUGGAGACGAUACUCACGAUGGAUAGGAAAGGCAGUGAAAAAAAAAAAUGUACAGGAAGGGGAAUGGAAUGGCGAGGAUGUUGUGCAGGACUGCCAUCUGAGACCGGUUGCCAUGUUUCAUUGUAG